AAUCUUUAGUGAUUUUAUUGCCAAUUUUUUUUUUGGUUCUCGGUCCUCUAACCUUCCCGUUUUAUUGUAUUGGCGAAUAUAGCUCAGUGUAUAUGCUACACUUAUGUUUGCUAAUAUUUUGUUCAAUUUCUUUUGUGUCCAACAGUUUUGGUAUAUAAGGUUAUUUUUAAAAUUUGUUUUUGAUGACUUGAGUCUCUGAGAAAAAAGUGCUAUAACCGUUUUAGUUUUCGUUUUCCGUUUAUCAUCUGUUAAUAACAGCGAACACUGAAAAAUAAGCAAUGAGCUCUAGAUUAACUGUGACUAGUGAGAUCUACGCUGAAACCGAUUUCAAAUGCUGUGACUUGGAUGAAACGAAAUCGAUUUCAACGUUUACAUUUCACUAUCCUUGUGACCCUACAUCAUGCAAAACGGAUGCGGAUGGAGAUCUAGACGUUCCACGGCGUAAGCGUGGAGAGAUCAAAAUCGAACAUCACAAGGCCACUGACCUUACCCUAGUUGGUCUUCAAGUGUGGCGUGGGGCUCUACUCUUAGCUGACUAUAUAUUUCAUAACCGAAAUGAGUUCAAAGACAAACGGGUUUUGGAACUAGGAUCCGGAGUCGGGCUGACAGGAAUCGCUGCAGCUAUUUAUUCCAAGGAUGUCAUCUGUACCGACAUCGACCUUGGUGGCAUACUAAAUGUGAUAGGUGAAAAUGUGAAAAGAAAUGCCGCAAUCAUACACAACAAUGUCCAAGUAACGGAAUUGGACUUUAAAGCACCAAAGUUUAGUGAAGUGCUAGAGUCAGAACUUUCUGACAUUGACAUUGUCAUCUGUGCUGAUGUGAUAUAUGAUGACGAUCUAACCGAUGCCUUUGUGCAAACAUUAAUCAAAUUAUUGGAAGUAAAAGCGAAUAGGACGAUUUACAUUGCACUGGAAAAGCGUUAUGUGUUCACCGUUGCCGAUCUGGAAAGUCUGGCACCAUGCUAUGAACAUUUCCUGACAUGCAUCGACAAAAUUAGAUGGAGUAAAAAUUGGAGUUUCGAAUCCAUUCCCAUUGAUUUUCCUCAGUAUUUUAAAUAUGAACGGGUGAAGGAGCUGGUGUUGUUAAAGUUGAGCGUUAAGUAGAGAAUGUGGAAUUUUUGUUUAGUUUGUCUCCGUUAGGUCAAUAUUGUUCCUGAAUAUAAUUCUGUUUU